AUGUUUUACGCACACUUUGUGCUGGCCAAAAAAGGCCCUUUGGCUAAAAUUUGGCUAGCAGCUCAUUGGGACAAAAAGUUGACAAAAGCGCAUGUGUUCGAGACAAAUAUUGAGAAAUCUGUAGAUGGUAUUUUAAAGCCAAAAGUUAAGAUGGCUUUACGGACGUCUGGUCAUCUGUUGUUGGGUGUAGUAAGAAUCUACUCUAGAAAGGCCAAAUAUCUCCUUCAAGAUUGCAAUGAAGCAUUUGUUAAAAUAAAGUUGGCAUUUAGACCUGGUAUGGUGGAUCUGCCAGAAGAACAUAGAGAGGCUGCUUUAAAUGCAAUUACAUUACCUGAAGUUUUUCAUGACUUUGAUAGUGCUAUGCCAGAGUUGAAUGAAGUAGAUAUUGAAGCACAGUUCUCCCUCAACCAGUCUAGAGCUGAAGAAAUAACAAUGCGUGAAGACUAUGGCUCGUUGAAUUUGGUUACACACGAUGAUGGAUUUGGUGAUAUGGGUUUUGAUACUGAUAAUCCAGACAUAAUGAGAGAGGCUAUUGGGAAUGAAGGUGGACUAGAGCAGAGUAAUUUGCUAUUUGCGGAUGGAUCAUCAUUAGAAAUAGCAAAAGAUGCAGGUGUAGCAAGUACAAGUGCAGCGGGAGUGCCUACUCUAACUGCCCCCUUACAUGAACCUCGCAUGGAGGCUGCACCACAUGGACCUAUGGAUGAUGGAUUUGGAGGCACUAUUGGAGAUGUGGGGGAUUUUGGACAUGCGGGAGGUCUAUUUGAGGGCGAUCUGUUUGGUGAUGUGACGGCUGGAAGUUCGACCGGUGGGGCUGGCACUGGAAUGCCUGGGACUUCUGCUCAACCACAGUCCUUACAGGCGGAGAUCGAGGCGGCGGGCGGCAGCGCGGCGGAGGCAGGUGCGGACGCGGACUCGGACGACGAGCUGCCGCACUACGACGCGCCGCCCUCGCCCGCGUCGCCGCCCGGCGCGCCCUCGCCCGCGCACAGCUGGGGGGCGUCUCCGCCGCACGAGAGCGAGUCGCGCGACGACGCGGGCCUCAUGCCGCCGCCCGCCGCGCCGCGCCCGCCCUCCGUGCGCCCCAUGGAAGUAGACGAUCCCGUGAUCGAAGAGCCGCCUCGCGCGGAGACCCCCGCCACUCCAGCACCGGCGAUAGAUAACACUACUUUGUUGCAAAACGAUGAAGAAUCUUUCGCCUUAGCACCUGUUGACGCGACUGUUCUCAAAGGUAUAACGAAAGCGAAACGCAAACGCAAGCUUAUAGUGGACGAAGUGAAGAACAUAUCAGGUGAAGAGAUGAAGAACCAACUGAGCAACACUUCGGACAUAGUGACGACUCUCGAUCUGGCGCCUCCCACUCGUCGUCUCAUGCACUGGAAGGAAACUGGUGGUGUGGAGAAACUCUUCACACUGCCAGCCAGGCCUAUACCUUCACGGGUCUUGUUUAAGAAGUACCAGCGCAACAUGACGCUGCGCACGGAGGCGGAGGAGGGAGAGGCGCGCUCGCCCGACCCCGAGCCGCCCGCGGCGCGGCGCGCCGGCCGCAAGCGUCGACACGAGGAGACUAUACACCCUCCAGAGACACCCGCGCCUCAGCCUGAAUUAGAACCUCCAACACCCGUCCCACAAGAAUAUGAGCCUUCAGUCGAGCCGGAGCGCGAGCCCACGCCCUACCACUCGCCGCGACACGACUGCGACGUGGAACCGCCCACCACGCCAGGUAUGCUAAGCUCACUGGGGCCCCCUCUCACUCCCGGUGUAUUGGGCCCCCUAACGCCUGGCACUUUAUUACAAGGUGGGCUAACUCCUGGAAGCUUACAACAUGGUUCUAUGACACCAGGUGGUCUCACUCCUGGGGGCCUGCAGCAUGGUGAUCAACCCGAAUUGGGUCUUGGUGGUGUCUUACACGGAGGAAUGACGCCUGGUGGCAUGACACCAGGGGGAAUGACGCCAGGCGGUAUGACGCCCGGAGGUAUGACACCAGGUGGUAUGACGCCGGGAGGCAUGACCCCGGGAGGUAUGACUCCUGGUGGUAUGACGCCGGGCUUGGGUCUAGAAGGCGGUAUGACGCCGGCUGGUCUUCAUCAUGGCACGAUGACACCGGGUGGUCUUGAUCACGGCGGCAUGACGCCAGCGGGCCUCGCGCACGGCGGCAUGACGCCGGCGGGGCUGGCGCACGGCGGCCUCACGCCCGGUGGCCUGCAGCACGGCGGCAUGACGCCCGCCGGCCUGCAGCAUGGCGGCAUGACGCCUUCUGGUCUGCAGCACGGCGCGCUGCUGCAGCACAGCAUGGAGUUGCCGAUGAUGCCGCAGAUGGGCGGCGAGCACCCGCUGCUGCACGCGCAGGCGCACUCGCAUCCGCACCCGCACACGCACGACCUCAACACUGGCCCCAUGGACCCCUUGCCGAUGCCGCUCGAUCAUGGGGAUUAUCAGAAUGGUGUACAAAUGACGAACUUUGGGUACGAUGAUCAGCACGGGCACCACAGUCCGCAGCACGAUUAUGAUUUGCCCCUCAGUGUUGAAAAUCCGGAGGAGGCGCCUAGCGAGACGCGCGAGGCGGGCGAGACGGAGGAGCAGUACGAGGAGCGCGUGCUGAACCGGCGCGCCGCGCAGCUGUUCGCCGCCAUGCGCGCCAAGCUGGCCGCCGGCCGCGCGCUCGCCUUCAUCGAGAUCGCGCCCACGCACAAUAACAGGAAGCAGGUGGCGCAAAAGUUCUACAGUCUACUAGUUCUCAAGAAGCAUCAAAUGCUAAAACUGGAACAGCAUGAAACAUACGGACCCAUCACUAUUUCAAAGGGAGCUCAGUUCGAGACAGAAGCGAUA